ACGGGAUCUUACGUGUGGGGGCUGCUGGCUGGGGGGCUUGUCCGGCCCAACGCCCGAGGCUUGGGAAAAGAGAGUUGGCGCAGGAAGCGGACUACGUGAAGGGCCAUGGCCUAGGCCCUCCGGCCCGGGCGCCGGCCGCAAUGACCACUUUGCCCUGCCCCCUCCCUGGCCCGGACGCCUCCAAAGUUGUCUUCCCAGACCUUACCCCUGUUGCGUCGGUAGUGGCUGCCUAUCCUCUUGGCCUGUCCCCUACAACCUCAGCCUCCCCUGAUUUGUCCUACUCCACGCCGUAUAGCCACCUCCUAUCCUACCCGUAUACCGGGCCAGCGACCCCCAAGGCCCCCUACCUGUCCUACCAGCAACCUGCGGCACCUUCUCAGCCCCUCCACGGCCCCGCCGAGCACCCACAGGAACCAGAGGCAGACUCUGAAAAGCCGCUGCUGUCCCGGGACCCCUCCGAGCGACGCCCGCAGGCCCCCCCAGUCAAGAAGCUGCGCAAGCCAAGGACCAUCUACUCCAGCCUGCAGCUGCAGCACCUGAACCAGCGUUUCCAGCACACGCAGUAUCUGGCGCUGCCGGAGAGGGCCCAGCUGGCAGCGCAGCUUGGCCUCACCCAGACCCAGGUAAAGAUCUGGUUUCAGAACAAACGCUCCAAAUACAAGAAGCUCCUGAAGCAGAACUCUGGGGGGCAGGAAGGAGACUUCCCUGGGAGGACCCCUUCCAUGUCUCCCUGCUCCCCACCGCUUCCCUCCCUCUGGGAUCUACCCAAGGUGGGGACCCUGCCCACUGGUGGCUAUGGCAACAGCUUUGGUGCCUGGUAUCAGCAUCACUCCCCAGAUGUGCUGGCUUCACCUCAGAUGAUGUGAGUCUGGGCAAGGGCAGGUCUGGCCCCCAGCC